GAUUUUGGUCCCUUUCUUCUCAAGCGGAUUGAAGAAGACGACCACCCAUCUGUCCUCAGGACAAACGACAAGAAGGAAGCGAGAAGGAGGGAGAAGGCGCUGAUGAUGAGGACUGGGUGCCUGCAGGCACAUGUGCUACUGCUUCCCGUGUUGUUGGCGAUGCCGUUCAUCUGCCUUGGAGAGGUGACGCUUGAGGAGGAUGAAGUGGGGGCGUUCCACAUUAACACCAGCGACCCCAUGAGCCAGCCUGUGUUCGUGAAUGGCGCGAAUGUCAAUGGGCUGUUCGAGACAACGGGCACCUUGUUUGAAACGGUGGACACGCUGCAGAGCACCACGUCGGCCCAGCAGAGCACAACCAAUGCCCAGCAGAGCACUAUCAAUUCGCUAUUUAGCACCGUGUCAGCGCAGCAGAGCACCAUCGAUGCCCAGCAGAGCACCACGUCGGCCCAGCAGAGCACAACCAAUGCCCAGCAGAGCACUAUCAAUUCGCUAUUUAGCACCGUGUCAGCGCAGCAGAGCACCAUCGAUGCCCAGCAGAGCACCACGUCGGCCCAGCAGAGCACAACCAAUGCCCAGCAGAGCACUAUCAAUUCGCUGUCGAGCGCUGUGUCAGCGCAGCAGAGCACCAUCACUUCAGUGCAGAGCGCUGUGUCAGCGCAGCAGAGCAUCAACGCCGACCUCUGCCAACUUAAAAGACGAGCUAGGACGUUUGAGCAAGUUGGCUCUCAAGGUGGAAAAUGGAUUGGAGGUGUAUUGGCCAACAACGGCCUGAUCUACGCCGCACCUCGAAACUCGCCCUCUGUGCUCAUCAUAGACCCGAACACGAACAUUGUCGAUACGACCGCAAUCUCCGGACUUGGAACGGGCACAGACAAAUGGGCCGGUGCUGUCCUGGCUCACAGCGGCCUCAUUUAUAUGUUUGCAUCAACAAGACAGUCAAUGCUCAUCAUCGACCCAGACACCAACGCCGCGGACACAUCAAGCAUCCACUCGCUUGGUUCUGGCAGCCACAAGUGGAUUAGUGGCGUGGUGGCCAGCGACGGCUUUAUCUUCGGCAUCCCGUACUUUGCCACUUCUGUGCUGAUCAUCGAUCCCGACACCAACACAGCCGACAUCACCACAUUGUCUGGGCUGUCGAGCCAAAUGCACAAAUGGUACGGCGGUGCGCAAGCAGACAACGGCCUCAUCUACUGCACGCCACGUGCGGCAGCAAAUGUCCUCAUCAUCAACCCAGAGUCCCUGACGAUGGACCUCACUACUAUCAAUGGCCUUGGCACGAACAACAAGUGGUAUGGUGGAGUGCUGGCAGGCAAUGGCCUCAUCUACACCAUUCCAGCCUACUCUGCAACGAUACUCGUCAUCAAUCCAGCCACGAACGCUACCGACGAGCUCGUUGUUGCAGAUACAGCUACCUCCGCAAGGUGGGUGGGUGGCGUGCUUGCACGCAACGGUAACAUCAUUGGCAUCCCACAUGGCUCCUCAUCAGUUCUCAUCUUCGAUCCAGCCACCAACGCCACCGACACAACAACCCUCACUCAUCUUGGCGGCGACAACAAAUGGUAUGAUGGCGUCCUCGCCCAGAAGAACGGCCUCAUCUACGGCAUUCCGCAUGAUGCUGAGUCCGUCCUCAUGAUCAACCCAGGAUGCUGAUGUGUGCGUGUGUGUGUCUAUCUGUGCCAGUGUGUCUGUGCCUAUGUGUCUAUGUGUGCUUGUGCGAGUUUGGUCAGGCUGUAUGCCCUUUCAAACUUGUCUCCCCU